AUGAUUCUCCGCGAGUAUCUCUCCGUUGAGAAUAACUGUGCAUGGAAAGAAUAUCGCAUGCAUGCUGAAAAGAGUGAUUACACUGAAGGUUUAGGUUGGCAUGUGCCAUCCGAAAUCUUCACGGUGAACAAGCAGAUUUCUACAGAAGCCCUUGAAGCAUUUCACAAGGAAAACACGUUGGUACACCUAUCCACAAACGACUGCGACUUUAUCAACAGGUAUGUCGGUAAAGUUAUCCCUUUACUAUUUGUUGGCAAGAGGGAAGAGGAACCAUACUUGAUAGAUAGGAAGGACCCCAGCCUUCCAUCUACAGCACUCCAUAUUCAUCUCGACCACGGUGAGAAGGAAGAUGGUGAGGUGUUAGACGAUGAUGAAGAUGAUGAGGAUUACAGUCUGGAAGCAUACGGUUUUGCACCAUACGUCUUUGAUGACGAAUACCAUAAUUAUGAGCAAUAUGCGAAUGAUGAUUCCACCGAUGGUGAAGAAUCCACCGAUGGUGAGGAAUACCCCGAUGAGGAAGAGGGCGAUGAAGAAGCCGUCGAAGAAGGCGGCAUCGAAGAAGUCAGAAAUCGGAAACCGCAAGCUUGUACAAAUGAUACAUACCGUCAUAAACACCGUCAUAACGUUCUCUUCCCAGCUAGAUACUUGCAAAGAUUCGUCCAACUUGUCAACGCAGUGUGUAGUUCAAGCUGCGAGAACAGUGGGCACGGAGCACUAGCAAUCUGUGGGAUAACCUUUGACUUCGAGGCAUCCGGAAAUCGAUAUGCUCAAGAUAUCGGUCUGGCAAAGAAGAUGGCCGAGGACUUAUACGGUCUUAGAUCGAGUAACAAAAUCAGUAGAGGUUUCAUCAGAUAUGGCUGCAUCAAUGAACAAUACCGACAGCCCAAAUUUUACCCCUUGGAGAUCCGUAUGGAGGGUCUGGACUCUGAAACCGAGCAAAAGCUCCAAGAAGCUUCAAAUCUACCUCCGUGGAAUCAAAACAAGUCACGGGAGGAGGCGCAACGUCUAAAGCUUCAAGGGGAUCUUUUUCAAAAGCAGAAGAGGCAUAUCGAUGCACGGUCCACAUACAUCAUAGCUGGUUUAAUGAUGUCUGCGUGGGGCUUUGACAGACUUCGAGGGAAAAAUGAGCAUCGCCAUUUUGGUAAAUCUGGUGGGAAUGCUAGUAAGGGUACUACUACCUUGGCUGGAAUCUGGUUGGGCGCCUCUAGAUCUCUCAAGGUACUCUCGCAAGGGACCAAAGGAACCUGCCUGCACAAAUUGCAGCUAAUCCACCCCUCUCGAGAUCCUUAUGAGGAUACUUAUCUUAAUAAGAAGUGUUACCUUCACAAAGAGGGUAACCUUGACGAGGAGAGAUACCUCCGAGCAAAGUGGUGUGAAGAGAAGUGCGCCCUCGAGGCCAAGGAUUCUGAAGAGACGGUUGAACGGAGACUUCUAAAAAAGGUUUUCAAAGAGGCAUGUAAACCAUCGCUGGAUCAGGUGUGCCACUCCUGCAAGAAGCAGCUAUGGUGGAGUUACAAUAGAGCGUGCGCAGCGAAGACUAUCAUCCGUCGCAUCUAUGUGCCUACCGGAUUUGCACAGAAUCCGGUGCGUUUCUUUGCUGAGGUAGCCGAUCCACAAUACCGCAAAGCAGAAGAGGCAUACAUGGACUACUGUCGCGAACGUAUCGACCACGGAGAGGUCAACGAGGCCAAAGAAAUGUUGAAGUUUGUCUUGGGUAGUUGGAAGUUGGCCGAGUCUAUGCAGCUUCAGGAUAUGCUUGCCGACAUUGUGUCUCGCUUUCCCGACCUCCGCACAAGACGUCGAGCAAAAAGGACAGAGCGAAAAGAAGUCCAGAACCUGGAGCCAAAGCAGACUGACGUUACGAUGGGAGCCAUGCCCGAAGACACUUUCGCAGUGGAACUCUUUGAGGUAUAG